AUGGCUCAUUUAAAUACUCGUAUUAAUUCGAUUCUCAAAAAACAACCCAAUUUAACUAUUUCAACAACAAGUCAUUUAAAACCUGCUUCAUCCUUUUUUGACUCGUUCAUUUCAUUGCACAUUAAAUUGUCUUAUACGUCUUAUACAGCUGGAUCUUCUCUUUCUCAAUUUCACUUCUUAAAUUUAUCUAAUAUUCGUUCAUUGCAUAUUGAAAUAGGAUAUUAUCAGUGGUGGACUAUUGUAUCAAUCGAUGAACUAAACUCAUUCAUUUAUCCCAAUCGAUGUCCUCUAAUCAAAUCUUUACAUUUAUCAUGUUGUACCAAGAAACUCGCUGAAUUUAUCUUUACAGGUGCAUUUCGCCAUCUAAAAGUAUGUGCUAUCAACGCUUAUGAAGAAGAAGUUCUUCCAUUAACAACGACUAGUUCAUUAAAAACUCUUCGUCAAUUUGUUACGAAGGAAUAUAAUGGAAAUGAGUUUCAAACGAUUCUCUCUAUAUGUCCCAAUUUCAAUUCCCUACAAUACAAACUUAGUGAUAAAUGGCCUUCAUUGAUGUUUUCUACCGUUCACUAUCCAUUCAUGAAACGUCUAGUCAUCGAACGACCUCGUGAGUUUCGAUUUAAUGAUGGUCAAUUCGAUUCUCUUCUCUCACUCUUUCCAAAUCUUAUCGGUUUUUAUCUUGCUGUUGGUCAUUGUCGUGAACAUGCUGAAACAAUUGAUUUUGUUAAAAUGGCUGACUGUCUUCGUCAUCGACUUCCUCGUCUCAAGAAAUUGGAUAUGCUUAUUUAUUUGUGCCGAAAAUAUCCUUAUUAUUUGUAUGUAGACCAAUUUCCAUCGAUUGCUCAAAUGCAUAAACUAUUCAGAUGUCUUCGCAAAUGCGAUUCGCUUUUAUAUAUAACAUCAUACAAUUUUAAUAUCGAAUAUGCUAACUAUUCCUAUUAUGUUCGUCCUUCAUCUAAAUCACGAUCGCACGAAACUACAUGA